AUGCUCAAGAAAAAUCCAACAAAAAAUAAAAAUUCAUCAAAGCGUGCUCGUAGUAAUAGUACUGAAUGUCAAUCGAAUUUAGAAAGAUUAUUGAAAAGACUAACCACCAAUCCACCUUAUAAAUUGACGUUGCCAAUUGACGAACUAAUUAAACCAAAGUUAUUACGAACUAAUAAUAACAAUAGGCGUGCUCGUAGUAAUAGUACUGAAUGUCAAUCGAAUUUAGAAAGAUUAUUGAAAAGACUAACCACCAAUCCACCUUAUAAAUUGACGUUGCCAAUUGACGAACUAAUUAAACCAAAAACUGAUUAUAAUGCCAAACUUAAAGCAGAAUCCCAAAUGACGAAUUUGAAUAAUCGAGAAAAAUCCAAAUUGAUUGCAAACAUUUGGAAUUCUCAAUCUUCUGAAGUAAAACAAUUUUUUCAAAUAUUAAGUAUGGCAGCUAAUGUUAAACAUAAAUUAACGUAUCCUAAUUAUGUUUAUAAACCAAAAAAUCCAACAAAAAAUAAAAAUUCAUCAAAGCGUGCUCGUAGUAAUAGUACUGAAAACAAUGAUGGCCACAACGGCCACAACGGUAACAACGGCAACAACAACACUUCAUUUCCAAUCACCAUUCAUUCAUAUUCAUCAUCAUCGCCAUGA